AUGUCAACCAUAGAGGUGCUGAGGACCACGUCUGUCCUAACCAAACCUAACCAUAACGUGAUGUCAACCACAGAGGUGCUGAGGACCACGUCUGUCCUAACCAAACCUAACCAUAACGUGAUGUCAACCACAGAGGUGCUGAGGACCACGUCUAUCCUAACCAAACCUAACCAUAACGUGAUGUCAACCACAGAGGUGCUGAGGACCACAUCUAUCCUAACCAAACCUAACCAUAACGUGAUGUCAACCAAAGAGGUGCUGAGGACCACGUCUGUCCAAAUCAAACCUAACCAUAACGUGAUAUUAACCACAGAGGUGCUGAGGACCACGUCUGUCCAAACCAAACCUAACCAUAACGUGAUGCCCACCACAGAGGUGCUGAGGACCACGUCUGUCCUAACCAAACCUAACCAUAACGUGAUGUCAACCACAGAGGUGCUGAGGACCACGUCUGUCCUAACCAAACCUAACCAUAACGUGAUGUCAACCACAGAGGUGCUGAGGACCACGUCUGUCCUAACCAAACCUAACCAUAACGUGAUGUCAACCACAGAGGUGCUGAGGACCACGUCUGUCCUAACCAAACCUAACCAUAACGUGAUGUCAACCACAGAGGUGCUGAGGACCACGUCUGUCCUAACCAAACCUAACCAUAACGUGAUGUCAACCACAGAGGUGCUGAGGACCACGUCUGUCCUAACCAAACCUAACCAUAACGUGAUGUCAACCACAGAGGUGCUGAGGACCACGUCUGUCCUAACCAAACCUAACCAUAACGUGAUGUCAACCACAGAGGUGCUGAGGACCACGUCUGUCCUAACCAAACCUAACCAUAACGUGAUGUCAACCACAGAGGUGCUGAGGACCACGUCUGUCCUAACCAAACCUAACCAUAACGUGAUGUCAACCACAGAGGUGCUGAGGACCACGUCUGUCCUAACCAAACCUAACCAUAACGUGAUGUCAACCACAGAGGUGCUGAGGACCACGUCUGUCCUAACCAAACCUAACCAUAACGUGAUGUCAACCACAGAGGUGCUGAGGACCACGUCUGUCCUAACCAAACCUAACCAUAACGUGAUGUCAACCACAGAGGUGCUGAGGACCACGUCUGUCCUAACCAAACCUAACCAUAACGUGAUGUCAACCACAGAGGUGCUGAGGACCACGUCUGUCCUAACCAAACCUAACCAUAACGUGAUGUCAACCACAGAGGUGCUGAGGACCACGUCUGUCCUAACCAAACCUAACCAUAACGUGAUGUCAACCACAGAGGUGCUGAGGACCACGUCUGUCCUAACCAAACCUAACCAUAACGUGAUGUCAACCACAGAGGUGCUGAGGACCACGUCUGUCCUAACCAAACCUAACCAUAACGUGAUGUCAACCACAGAGGUGCUGAGGACCACGUCUGUCCUAACCAAACCUAACCAUAACGUGAUGUCAACCACAGAGGUGCUGAGGACCACGUCUGUCCUAACCAAACCUAACCAUAACGUGAUGUCAACCACAGAGGUGCUGAGGACCACGUCUGUCCUAACCAAACCUAACCAUAACGUGAUGUCAACCACAGAGGUGCUGAGGACCACGUCUAUCCCAACNUUGCGCGCAUUGAGACCAUUGAUAAAUAACUUUGAUAUUACUGAAAUACAAACUAAAAGAAUAUUCUAA